CCAACGGCACCAUACCAGCCUCUGGCUUCCAUCCAAAGAGCCCGCCAGCGAUCCCUGCUGCGAAGCCGAAGGCUACGCGUCUGUGCCCAAAUUCAUAGAAGCCAUGAGAUAAAAGCAAUCCUCUCUCUCUGUGAUGCCUCUCGCGCGACCUCUCCUUCUUCCUCUCAGAAAUUUCCGUCUCUCCCUCCGUUCCUCUGGCGAAAUCUCUAGGCCGGGAUGCAAGCAGCUAUAUGGAAGAAUUUACCAUCAUUACGGAAUCCUCUUUAUCCUUUUCCUCAGUUCGCUUCGAUCCAUUCCACCCCCAUCUCUCUCGCCAAAUGGAAGAGCAAAUGGGACGAUAAGUUUGUGCGUGCUGGCCAUGUGGGAAGACUAUAUAUCAUAUGGAAGUUGGUCAUCAUGCCUUUGCAUGCAUGUCACUUAUUUACAUGCUAAGAUUAAUAUUUUACUAUGCAAAAAUGUGUUUCAGGGUGAAAGAACAAGUCGAAAACCAUCUAAGACUUACAUAAGAUAUGCAGUUCGUCAAAAGCGUGCUGAAGCAAAAAAAGCUCUUAAAGAUUUUCUUCUAUAUGGCAAAUCUUCAAAAUUUCAUGUUCAGGAUGAAGACUUAUAUUGGUGUGCUGAUGGUAUCAGCAGCAGAAAUGCCAACGUAGAAAAUGGUUCAUUUGGAUUUGAUAGUAUUCCACGGUCCAGAAAAUCUGGAAAAUCGAAGCCUUAUAGUUCGUCAUACUCUGGAAAAGCAAAACAUGGUGGGAGUAAGCGUUGGCAGAAUGGUCAAACCUAUUAUGAUGAAGAUGAUUGUGGACAUCCUGAGACAAUCUUUGAAGCUGUAUUUGGUGGACACAAAGGUUUUACUUGGUCUUAUGCAUCACGGGAGAACUUUCAUUUCAAUCACUCAACAUCAGGAUCUGAAUGGAGCAAUAGAACAAGAUGGGAAAAAGCUUGGAAAAGAGUGUGGAAUGACAGUGAUGUUUAUGACGAUUCAACUAAUGUAGGUUCACACUCCGACAGAGUUACUCUUGGCUUACCACCUACAGGGCCCUUAAAAUUAGAGGAUGUCAAAAGCGCUUAUCAUGCAUCUGCUUUGAAGUGGCACCCUGACAAGCAUCAAGGCCCUUCACAGGCCAUGGCAGCUGAAAAAUUCAAGCACUGUGUUAAUGCAUACAACUCCCUGUCCAAUGCCCUGAAGGCAGCGUAAGUUGCAGGACAUACUCUAUCUAGAAUACAUCACAUUGGAAUUAAUACAUCAAGUAUACAGUUUCAGUUGUCAUGUAAUAUCAUAAUUAUUCCAUUCUUUUAUUGGCCAUGUAUUAAUAUUAGGCUCUUAUGUGGAGCUUACAUUCUCUCUUCUUUUAUUAAUUUUAUUAACUAUUUAAUAA